AAAUCAUUCUACUUCAGAGAUCGCAGACCAUACACGGCUAGCCACAACGCCGUGUCUAUAAAUCUAGUCUCCCGACUCGGCACUAUCACAACAGGCUGCACAGGACGGAAACAGUUAGGAAAAGAGCUACCCCACUUCUCCUGCUAAUCACUUCUUUCUUCUCCGAGCAACCGUGUAGUUCACGUUAUUUUGUUCGGACUAGCAUCGGCUACCCUAUAUCUUCAUUUCAGCAGUCCGCCUGUGUGAUUUUCAUCAAUACUUCCUCCUCCUCCUCUUCUGCAGUGCUCACGCUACACAACUCGGCAGCAUGGCAGCCACCACAGUGCAGAAUCUGCAGGAUGUCACCGGCGGAAAGUCCGGCCAGUCGGCACCGCAGGCCGACUACUACACGCAAACGUACUACGGAAAGACGAACGGCAGUGGCGUGGCGGAUAGCCAAGGCGAGAAGGAGAAGAAGUCCGAAGAGCAACGCAAAGGCAAUUACGACGAUGUAGUCAAUCGUUACUACGACCAAGUGACCGACUUCUAUGAGUACGGCUGGGGACAAUCGUUUCAUUUUGCGCCUAUCCGACCUGGAGAAGCGUUCAGCGAGUCCCAGGCUCGCCAUCAGCAUCGUCUGGCUGUCAAGGUCAAGGCUGGAUGCGGAAUGAAAAUACUGGAUGUAGGAUGUGGUGUAGGUGGUCCGGCUAGAGAGAUAGCUGAGCUGUCCGGAACCAGCAUUGUAGGUCUCAACAUCAACAAGUAUCAAGUAGACCGAGCCACACGGGUAACCAAGGAGAAGGGCUUAGAUUCUCUGGUCAGCUACGUAGAGGGCGACUUUCAUCACAUGCCGUUCGAGGACAACUCCUUCGACGGCGUUUACGCUUGCGAGGCGCUAUGCCACUCGCCAGACUUAGCGCAGGUAUACAGCGAAGUGAUGCGCGUCAUGAAACCAGGCAGCUACUUUGCAUGCUACGAUUGGAUCUUCACAGACAAGUACGACAGCACUAGCAAAGUGCAAUAUGAUGUCAUCCAUAACCUGCUGGAGGGAAAUGGUCUACCGUGUCUGCGAACGGAGACCGAUAUCCGGGAAACAAUCAAGGCAUCCGGUCUAGACCUGCUAGAGAUAGUUGACCUGUCCCGGGGCAACCCAAUACCAUGGUUUUCACCGCUCACGUUCGGCAAGGACAUUGCCAAGAGCGUGUUCCGUGCCACGUCAAUAGGCCGAAAGACCACGCAGGCAAUGCUAAUAGGCAUGGAGAAGAUCGGCCGGGCGCCCAAGGGCGUUUCCAAGACGCACGCCAUGCUAUGCCGCGGGGCGGACGGCCUCGUCGAAGCCGGCAAGCUGGACAUCUUCUCGCCGAUGCUCUUCUUCUUGGCACGAAAGCCCGAGUGAGUCUAGCACCACAGCCGCUAGUCCUAUGAUGCACACCUGUGUCUGCCAAUGUUGGCCUGGCUGUGCUCAUGGGAAAAACAGUUACUUUAGGAAGAGAUCAUGACGUUGCUUUGUGUUGGUACUACUGUUGAUAAUCUUUGCCCCGGGCCUGCCUGAUGCACGGCCGCUGUCGUGAAACAUACGGCGGACAUCGCCAUAUUAGGCUGCAUUGGACGGAAUCAUUCCGCUGCUUCAAAUUCAAUGUUCAUGCAGAGUUAGUCCCCUCACCCGAUCGGAUCCGGAUUGUGUCGCACGCGCCGAGAACCAUCACCACUUUUCCACAAUUUUGCAAGCAAGGCAUGAUAGCAGCCUUCAAUUGCACUAUGAUGUUUGUUAGAUCUCUGACAUUGUACUUAGUUCAUCCCCCCGCUGCCUAGAUCUGCUACUCACCUAUCCGAACAUGGCAUAUAACCUAACAGUCAUGUUCACACAUACAUGUACAUGUACAUGUAGUAAAAUUAUAACGUUACUGUACAAUCAUGUACAUGUAGUAUGUAGAAUGUACAUGUAUCCCUGCACGUGCUCCACGCAGACACUAGUAGUAUCCCCAGGCGUGUAUUAUGCUCUAUAUCCAUACGUACAGUAUCUGUAUGUUAUCAUGCUCUACACACAUACAUGAACAUACAUGUAUCUAUACGUAAUAAGCUAGUAAUUAUCAUUACUAGCUUGGCAUGGUCCCAGCACCGAUCUAAGAAGAAAAUUAAUGCAUGAUGAAUUUUGACGGCUUGUCAGGCUAUGCCCUCCAGGCUGCUAGCAUCAACUGGGCGUUGCUCUUACUGGUCCCCUGUCUUGUGAUUCUGAAUGUCCUUCCGUUUUUGUCGCGGGUCUUGCUUCUUCUUCUUCUUCUUCUUCUUCUUCUUCCGAUGUUAUCAUUCGUCGUUACUCCACUUGUCUGAAGGGCAUGCACCGUGACCUUGGUCGGGCUUGGAUAGUGA